CGCACGCGCGAUUAUAUUAUCGCCAGUCAGGUGCGCGCUCUGCUACCACACGGUCAUGUGAAAUCCAAGAUGGCUUCAGGAAACCUUCAGGGUAUCAAAAUUGAAAACAAAAGAAGACACACACAAGGACCUACGCAGAUAGAAGCUAGAAUCGCUAAAGUGUCAACGAGGAGUCAACCGGAAUUGUAUGAUGUGCAUACGAGUGAAAAAAAGUCGCGCAGUGAUUUUGUAUAUGUGAAUUCAGCUUAUGUUGGGAGUGUGGACGAUGUGAAUCAGCCGCGGUUAAGUGCGCCACCUACAUGUGUCGUCCGUGAGCAGUACUGGGCUUGCUCAAAAUGGCCGCUAGGGCAGCGUAUCCUGGCCAUCUCCGUGGGUCUACUCCUGGGCACUGUCAUCGGGCUGACGGUCAUCGUGAUCCUCAGGGGCAUGGACAAGGAGAUCGGCCCAGGGUUCUUGAUGAGGCAGUCGGUGCCGGACUAAGGAGUUGGAAACAG